GAAAUGUUAGCACAACGCGCAGCAGAAUUAUACGAUAAUGGGAUGCCAGCUGAGAGAGCUCUUUUGUUAGAUGAUGCGUUUAUAUUGAGCAGAGCUGGCAGGUUACCUGCUAGUAGAGCAAUGGCUGCUGCUGCCCGUCUUAGCACCGAGCAUCACUGGGCACCAUGGCGAGUGGUGCUCACCCAUCUAUCCUGGUGGAAGGAACUCCUGCGUCUCUCAGCAUCAGCACCACAUCUCAACAGAUUGCUCAGUCAGUUGCAUCCUGAUGUACAGGUGUACACACAACAACAGAUUGAAGCUGCUGCAUUGAGUGAGGACCAACUUUGGUUGAGUGGAGCUCUACUCAUGGCAGGAGUGGAGUGGGAGAAUGAGAACGUAACUAACCUAGCGUUAGAUCUUUUCGAUGCCUGGUUUGAACACAAUCAGACUAUACCUGAAAUAUAUCAAGAAGCGGCGUUAGUGGCGGGGGUGAGGUCUCGUGGUGCUGAAGCCUGGCAUCGUGUGUGGAGAGAACUUCUCUCUCAGAGUUCUCACUCUAUACGAGCUUCCAAAUUGUUACCCGCACUCUCCGCGCCUGAUGAUGAUUGGUUAUUCUAUAGGUUUGCAUUCACUGUGCUAUCCAACGAAGCGCAACGUGGUCGUGACUGGAAGACAUGGGCGACAGCACUCUGCGCGGGAGCAUGCAAAUGGCGAGGUGCUGCAGGUGUGUGGCGCGUUAUAUCGCGUGCUGGUGCUCUGCCCCCCGGCGCGUUGCAAGCCGCCGCCCGCUGUCUGCAUCAUCCUACUGACUACUGGAGGUUUAAGGAGUUAUUUGGUGAAGAACGAGGUGCUGCAGCAGCACUGGAUACGAUAGCAUUGAACGCGGCGUGGGUAUCACGCGCCGAUUCAGAUCUUCUCAGAUAUUUUAAAUCUGUUAGAACGCGAUAGGAAAAAAAAACAUUUUGAAUGCGAACCAACUGAAAUAUGAAUUAACACUAACUAAUUUAAUGAUUCAAUCAUUAUAUCGCCAAUAAAUAUCAUUGACUCGUUAAUUUACUUAUCGUGGGUUUCUGAAACAAUCUCGGUAUAAAACUUUACUUUGAGAAAACACUGAUAACGAUCUUACUUUAUCAACCUGCCCUUAUACCUACUGAGGAAUCCCUACUCCUCCAUACAUCUCU